AUGCAGGUCAGUUUUCCGUCUCAUUCUGAGGUUACGGAGUUCCGGAAAAGAGGCUUUCUAACUGAGAGCACUUUUGGAAGAGAAAAAGAACAAGCAGACGCCUGUGAGAUGAAGAUGUUUUACACUGUAGGAUGGUUUUACGAGGCACUGGAAAAUGCUUCCAAUUUCUUUGCUAGGUCUACUCGAAGGCCUAUUGAAUGA